CUCCAUACACGUGAUAAUCUAGAAAUUCCCUCGUUGGUCGAGUUCAAGGAACUAGGUCCCCGACGAGGGCGCACCAAGCGGUAAGAAUUGUCAGUUUUCACCCUCCCUGCGACAGAUCGCAGGUCACGUGACAUCUCCGAUGGCUUCGGAGUCACGUGACGCCAGCAGCCAAUCUCAUUGGGCGAAAUGUCUCAGCUUCCGUCUAUGGACAACAAGAGAAUGGCUGACUGACUUGACUGAUUAUAAAAGAAUAUCGUUUGGUUUUUAUAGUUUAUCUAAUAUAAAUAAUACGCGGUAUUAAUAAGUUAAAAGGGAUUAAAUAGACGAUGUCGACACCUAAUGUUAGGUCAACUAGACAAAAUGGUAGAAGGACAAGAAAGAAAACUAAUCUGAAACGUACAGUGUACACCAAUCAAGUUCCAGAAACAAGCCAGCUAGUUCUUUUCUCUGCAGCAGGACCCAGCACAAGCGGUUUAGGUUCAUCUCAUCAACCUCCAUAUGCUCUACGCCGUAAAUUAUCUUUACAAGAAACUAAUAAUUCAAGUGCUAGUGGUAGUGCAGAAGCAAGUUGCAGUAAUCCUUUAAUGCCGCGUAAACGUCAAAGACGAACAUAUUCUUCUCAUUCCCUCCCAGAUGGAAGUGGGCCAGCAGCUCAUUAUUUACUGUAUGAAUUGCCAGAUGAAGUUUUAUUAACUAUUUUCUCAUACCUGUUGGAGCAAGAUUUGUGUCGAGUUGCCCAAGUAUGCAAGCGCUUCCAUACAAUAAGUAAUGACACAGAAUUAUGGAAAAACUUGUAUCAAAGUGUAUAUGAAUAUGAUUUGCCACUUUUUAACACUGGACCAUGUAAAUUUGAAUACGUUCAAGUUGAAGAGUGUGAUUAUGAGAAUCCAUGGAAAGAGAGUUUUAAACAAUUGUACCGAGGUCUUCAUGUCAGACCAGGUUAUCAGUCACAAUACAACAGUAAUCCUGAACAUUAUAGAGGAAGAAAUAUAAUGUAUUUUGACACAAUUGAAUCUGCUUUUGCAUAUUCUGAAGAAUUAGAGAAUCCUCUUAUAUUCAUCCACACUGGUGUAUAUAAACAUGACUAUCUUAUCAUUGAUACAAAUGUAGCAAUGAUUGGGGCAGCUCCUGGAAAUGUUGCAGAUAAUGUUAUAUUAGAGAGGGAGAGUGAAUCUACUAUUACAUUUGUAGAAGGUGCAAAAGAAGCUUACUUGGGUUAUGUCUCUCUAAAGUUUACACCAGAUAUCACAUCAUCUGUACCACAUCAUAAACAUUAUUGCUUAGAAGUUACAGAAAAUUGUUCACCUACAAUUGAUCAUUGUAUUAUUCGAAGUUCAUCUGUUGUUGGAGCAGCUGUGUGUGUAACAGGAGAUAGGUCAGAACCAAACAUCAGAUAUUGUGAUAUCAGUGAUUGCGAAAAUGUUGGACUGUAUAUCACAGAUUAUGCUCAGGGUUUAUAUGAAGAAAAUGAAAUUAGCAGGAAUGCACUUGCAGGUGUAUGGGUAAAAAAUCAUGCCAAUCCUAUUAUGAGAAGAAAUCAUAUUCAUCAUGGACGUGAUGUGGGAGUAUUUACAUUUGAUAGUGGCUUGGGUUAUUUUGAAGCAAAUGAUAUACAUAAUAAUAGAAUUGCUGGUUUUGAAGUCAAAGCUAAUGCAAAUCCAACAGUAGUUCGUUGUGAAAUUCACCAUGGUCAAACAGGUGGUAUAUAUGUACAUGAAAAUGGAAGAGGGCAGUUUAUAGAAAACAAAAUCCACUCAAAUAAUUUUGCAGGUGUUUGGAUUACAUCUCACAGCAAUCCUACAAUUAGACGAAAUGAAAUAUAUAAUGGUCAUCAAGGAGGUGUGUACAUUUUUGGUGAAGGAAGAGGAUUAAUAGAACACAAUAAUAUAUACGGCAAUGCAUUAGCUGGUAUACAGAUAAGAACAAACAGUGAUCCAAUAGUGCGAUAUAAUAAAAUUCAUCAUGGUCAACAUGGUGGAAUAUAUGUACAUGAAAAAGGUCAAGGUUUAAUAGAAGAGAAUGAGGUAUAUGCUAACACACUGGCGGGUGUGUGGAUAACUACAGGAAGUAUACCUGUUCUCAGAAGAAAUCGCAUUCACAGUGGGAAGCAAGUAAUUUCCAAUAGAAAGCUUUCUCAGAAGGCAGAUUAUCCAUGUAUUGUAUUGCCUUAUUUUUAUUUUGACACAAUUGAAUCUGCUUUUGCAUAUUCUGAAGAAUUAGAGAAUCCUCUUAUAUUCAUCCACACUGGUGUAUAUAAACAUGACUAUCUUAUCAUUGAUACAAAUGUAGCAAUGAUUGGGGCAGCUCCUGGAAAUGUUGCAGAUAAUGUUAUAUUAGAGAGGGAGAGUGAAUCUACUAUUACAUUUGUAGAAGGUGCAAAAGAAGCUUACUUGGGUUAUGUCUCUCUAAAGUUUACACCAGAUAUCACAUCAUCUGUACCACAUCAUAAACAUUAUUGCUUAGAAGUUACAGAAAAUUGUUCACCUACAAUUGAUCAUUGUAUUAUUCGAAGUUCAUCUGUUGUAUCGAUUAACGACGUUUCAAAAAUGGUAUUUUCGGCUUUGUUGACGAUAACUGUAUUAAGUACCCAACAAUCAGAAAAUUAUACAAGUUAUAUAGAGGAUUAUAAUGAGUCGACUGCCUCAUUAACAUCGAUUUUAUGUCGAAGUGAAAGAGGUGUUUCUUUGCCAUUUGACAUCUACAGAAGAGACACGUGUGCUCGAUGCUAUAAUUAUCUUCCAUCAUGGGCCUUUGUUGAUACUGAAUGGAGAUUUAUUUAUAAUUAUCGCACCGGUGCACUGAAAGAUCCAAGGUCAAAUAUAAGUUACUUAAUAGAUCCCGGGAAUUCGUCUCAUCCCAUAUUUGAUACGUUUAAAAAUAAAGUAUUUGUCUCAAAAUGGAUAGAAUGUUGUCGUGCCGCUGUUGCAUGCUGUCAGAAAAUGAUGAAGGAUCCCAUUCCUGUAAAUGAAACUCUUUAUUGCCCGAGAACAUGGGAUGGUUGGCAAUGUUGGACAGAUACUCCUUCGGGACAAGUUGCAAAAUCUGUUUGUCAAGAGCAUAUAUACUUCUCUAGCGAGCCGCCAUCGUGUCCAAGAUACGCUAUCAAAACUUGUAUGCCAAAUGGGAAAUGGUACUUACGCAAUUUUUAUAAAACUGAAUGGACUAAUUACAACGAAUGUGGAAGAGUUCAGGUAGAUAUUGCACAACUGCAAGUAUAUCGCAUUACCAUGCAUAAAAAUCUCUUUGCUUCGCUACUCUUAAAUGGAAUCUUUGUCGUUCUCUUUAAAUCGAUUGUCAUGCUUGAUGAACUCGAUAAUUUCGAUAAUACAACUACAAUUUUGGAUCAAAAUGGACCGGGAUGCAAAUUUCUCUUUAUCAUAACUAAAUAUUUACGAAUGACUAAUUACAUGUGGAUGUUCUGCGAAGGAUUAUACUUACAUCGAUUGAUUGCAGCAGCAUUUGCAGAGCAGGAAAGUCUUGUGCUUUUUUAUGUCAUAGGCUGGGGCAAUAGAAUAUUUGACAACCAUAAUGCUGUCGAGAAAGCAGUAAACAGUGGACAAUGCUUGUACAAAAUAUCCAGCUAUACAAGUUUUCCAAUGCAUGAUUUUUAUAGAUGUCGUACAUGUAAUACAACAGACAGAAAUGCAAUUUGUGUUAAUUGUAUUAAAACAUGCCAUGCUGGUCAUGAUUAUAUAUUUAUAAGUUUCAAUAAAUUUUUUCACAAAUUUUAUUUCAGGACAGGAAGUAAUCCUGUCAUCCGAAGAAACAAAAUUUGGGGAGGACAAAAUGGAGGCGUUUUAGUUUAUAAUGGGGGUUUGGGAAUUCUAGAACAGAAUGAAAUAUUUGACAAUGCAAUGGCAGGAGUUUGGAUCAAAACAGACAGCAAUCCAACUUUGAGGAGGAAUAAAAUAUAUGAUGGUCGAGAUGGAGGAGUGUGUAUUUUUAAUGGUGGAAAAGGUAUUUUAGAAGAGAAUGAUAUUUUUCGUAAUGCACAAGCUGGAGUUCUGAUUAGCACUCAGAGCCAUCCAUUACUCAGGCGUAACAGAAUAUUUGAUGGUUUAGCAGCAGGAGUAGAAAUUACAAACAAUGCAACGGCUACAUUAGAGUACAAUCAGAUAUUUAAUAAUAGAUUUGGUGGUCUUUGUUUAGCUAGUGGAGUCCAACCAAUUUUAAAAGGCAAUAGAAUAUUUGACAACCAUAAUGCUGUCGAGAAAGCAGUAAACAGUGGACAAUGCUUGUACAAAAUAUCCAGCUAUACAAGUUUUCCAAUGCAUGAUUUUUAUAGAUGUCGUACAUGUAAUACAACAGACAGAAAUGCAAUUUGUGUUAAUUGUAUUAAAACAUGCCAUGCUGGUCAUGAUGUUGAAUUCAUUAGGCAUGACAGGUUUUUCUGCGACUGUGGUGCUGGAACUCUUAGUAAUCAGUGCCAGCUUCAAGGUGAACCCACUCAAGAUACAGAUACAUUAUAUGACUCUGCAGCCCCAAUGGAAUCCCACACUUUAAUGGUUAACUAAACAAGAUUUCAUUAUUAAGUAGGGGCACUAUAGUUGGACAUUCUUUCCCAGCAUUGGAUAACAAGUCUGUCCAAACGGUGUUGCUUAUAUACCACUCUUGUUCCUCCACAGUUCAAGUGCAGCUAACAGGAACAUCGCAGGAUUCUCUAGUCAGAUGCCAUCAAAUGCAUCACCUGCUUCCCUCGCUUUUCUUCCCUUGUGACAUAUGUUCUUACUGUGUCAUAUGUGGUUUUCACAAAAGAAUUAUAUUCAUUGUGUCGUAGAAAAACUGAAGAGAAUUGCUGUUCUACAACAUGAAUGAGUUCAUCUUAAGUGAAUCUCCAUAAUUGAAAGAUAAGAAAAAUAACUAACAAAACUCGUUGUCUGGAUGUCCUCUAUGUUUCUAAUCCAGACAGAUCCCACUAGAAAACAGUUGGGUAUAAAGAAGUUUAAAAAAUACAAAAAAUGUAAUCAUGUAAAUAGAAAUUGUAGAUGUUUGAGAGAUGUCAUUUUUUGUUUUUUUUGUUUUUUUUUUUUUUUUUUUUUUUUUGUUUUUCCACUUAAUAGAUUCCUUAGCAGCGUGGUAUAUCUAGUUAGUUGUGAAUCUGCAAGAAGUGUUAGAGUUGCAGCGCUGUAAUAGAUGUGCACGUCUCCAUGUAAUGUAUUACCAAUUUUGUACUGCCACAUAUUCCAGGUGGGAAUAUUCUAAUAUUUCUCAAUGUCAAAUAUUUUGGCAAUAUUUUUCCCCCGUUCUUCCUUCAAUUAUAUGACUAUUGUAUAAUCUGUGUGAUCUGCACAUUUUACUAGUGUGCAUGAGAGUGCAAGUGUGCGCGCAUGUAUGUAAUUCAAUUUGUCCACAAAGCUUCCAUUUUUUUCCGUCAUUUGAUGUUGUGCCAGAUUAUCAUACACCUUUAAAAGAAUUGCUGCUCUUCACCGUCUCCACGUUACGUUGCACAUUUUAAAUUUGUUCGUAUUUCAUAUUUUAUUCCAAUCCAAUUAUUACAAUGUACAGGUGUUUUUCAAGAAUGAUUUAAACGCAAUUUCAUAAUUGGAUUUAAAAUUGUUUUUAUCACUGUGGUUUCCACGUGCCAUUUUUUUUUUUUUUUUCCUUCUCACUCCUCCAUUUGCCGUUAGUAAACAUAGAAAUUUGUUUUUUAAUGUUAUUUUGAAAUAACUUUAUGUGGUUUAUAAAUCAUAGUACUUAAAUUAAUUUAAAAAGUUUUAUUAUAUUCAAAUCGAUGAAGAUUAAAUUAUCAAUAUCAUAUCAGCAAUGGUUAGAAUAUCAAGAUUUUGGAAUAGAAAAAGUAACUGUAUCCCUGCCAAAUCCUGCAAAUGGAAUUUUAUACAGUUUCAUAUCAAAAGUUUGAAGUCCAGGUGUAAAUUUAGCUCUGGCAUUUCUGCAUAAAAUAGCUAAAAAUUGUUUUAAAAUAUCAUAGGAAAAUGUUCUGUUUUAAUUUACUUCUAAUUUGCUCUUAAUUUUCAUUGGAAGAAAACAUAAUUUGUUUCUUUUUUUACUAGGAUGUUUCCGUUAUAAAAUAUUUAGCAUCCAUAAAUAAAUAUAUUGAUGUGCAAGUCAGAAGUAAAUAAAUAUAUACAUACAUAUAUAUAUAUAUAUAUUUUGUGUGUCUUCUAUAUACAUAUACAUACAAAAUAUAUAUGUAUACAGAAAGAUUUGUAAUAUUUAAAACAAAAAAAGCACAUAUAUAUACAGAUUUGUACCAUUUAGUCCAUGUUCAAUGUAGAUCAUCAUCAGCAUUUAAAAUUUCCAGUUAUCAGAAAGAGUUAUUUCAUUGUCUGUGUUCAUUAUUAUUUAAAAUAUUUGUCUUCUCCAUUUCAUAGCAUUGUGUAAACAAGAUAAAAGUUUUCUGUUGUUUUUUUCUUUUGUCAGAUUCUGAAACAUCUUACUUCAUUAAAAAAAUGGCAGUGAAAUCCAAAAUGAUGACGAACUUUAAAGCUGUAUGUAUUAAAAUAUACUUUUAGUUGGUUACACUUAAGUAUGGCUCUCAGUUUUUUUAUCAUUAAAUGUGUGGCUAUACAACUUCAAAAAAAAAAAAA